AUGCAGAGCCAGGCUCUACAGCAGCAGCAGCAGCAGCAACAGCAACAACAGCAGCAGCAGCAGCAGCAAGAGGAGGGUGCGGGUUCUCGCGGAUCUUCCCCAGCCGCUCUUACUUUUGGCGGGCUGUCCUUUGAAGAGUGCAAGCGCGUGUUCCUCUCACCCAAUGACAGCACGCCCUUUGCAGAACCUGAGGCGAGUCCCUCCUCUCGCCUUCGCCCUGCUGUUAUGAGGGAUGAGCCACUUUGCACCGACCCCGCUGUGUCUGAUGCCACGGCUACUUUUUGCAAGCUGAUGAGGGAAACGUCUCUCUGCGCCGACCCUGCUGAGGCGACAAGGGAAGCAUUGCUCUGCGCAAACCCUGCUGAGGCGACAAUGGAAGCAUUGAUCUGCGCCGACCCUGCUGAGGCGACAAGGGAAGCAUUGAUCUACGCCGACCCUGCUGAGGCGACAAGGGAAGCGUUGCUCUGCGCCGACCCUGCUGAGGCGACAAGGGAAGCGUUGCUCUGCGCCGACCCUGCUGAGGCGACAAGGGAAGCGUUGCUCUGCGCCGACCCUGCUGAGGCGACAAGGGAAGCAUUGCUCUACGCCGACCCUGCUGAGGCGACAAGGGAAGCAUUGCUCUGCGCCGACCCUUCUAAGGCGACAAGGGAAGCAUUGCUCUGCGCCGACCCUGCUGAGGUGACAAGGGAAGCAUUGCUCUGCACCAACCCUGCUGAGGUGACAAGGGAAGCGUUGGCGUGCGCCGACCCAGCAGCACGGAGCCUGCGGAGCAAGCGAUCGAGAGAGGGCUGCGCUGGUCGUGCCGUAACAUACAGACGCCGGUUCUGUCCACACCCUCAUGUCACAGGGUUGCCUGCUGCUCUCUUCUUCCCCACGUGCCCGUGUUUCCCCUUUGCCUGCCUGGACCUGCCACCGUGCCAGUGGCCUUGUGUGCCCUCGCCGCCCAUGUGA